AUGUCCUCCUCCGAUAUGAUCCUCGCCAAAUUCACCGGCGGAGACGACGCCAUCGACCUCGCUCUGCCGCCGCCCUCCACCGCGGAAAUUCCGGCGAACAGAGGCGGCGCCGUCGCCCGGAUCGUGCCGAGAGACCGGCACACCAAGGUCAAAGGGCGCGGCCGACGCGUCAGGAUUCCGGCGCGCAGCGCCGCGCGGAUCUUCCAGCUGACGCGCGAGCUCGGCCUCCGCUCCGACGGCGAGACGAUCGAGUGGCUCCUCCGCCAAGCUGAGCCGUCGAUCAUCGCCGCCACCGGCUCCGGCACCCUUCCGGCGGAGUCCGUCGUCUCGAGCCCGUCCCGCGCGUCGAAGCUCUCCGCCACCGUCCAGGCGCCGCUGCAGCCUGUGGCUGCCGCCGCCGCCGCGGAGCAGCCGGCGGCGGAGGAGGAGAUGCUGCUGGAGUUCCCGAUGAUGAACGACUACCGACACAUGCCGUUCAUGGAGCUGCUGAUGCAGCCGGCGGAGAACGGCGGCGGCGGUUACGGCGGAGAUAAUCACUAG